AUGGAUUACAAUCAUGGUGGGUUUUGGGACUUGGACAUGGAACUACAUACAGGGGUACUUUAGAACCUCUUGGAUCCAGUAAAAUUUUAAAAAAAAAUGGUUCUUUUUGGUUCCUGUUGAGUUAUGGCACUUUAAACUACAUACAGGGGUACUUGAGGACCUCUUGAAUCCAAUGAAAUCUUGAAAAAGGGCUCUUUUUUGAUUUUAGUAGAGUUUUAGCACGUCAAAGUUUGCACGCAAGAACGCGUUUAUUUAUGAAUUUCUAGGGAAAACUAUAAUUUCAACGAUUUUUCAGAAAUAAAGCCCAUGAAUCGAGUGAUUUUAGGUUAUCGGCGCCGAACCGCAGAAUGGGACGAAAUCGAAGAAGCGCCGCAGAUCAAACGCUUCCGUGAUGACGUCAAAAUUGACGUCGCCGUGACGUCAACGUUAGUUUUUUGGAUUCCUUCUAAUAAAUAUUGAUUUUUCAGCAUCUCCGCCCAGCCGGUCGUACAACCACAGCAGCAGGAAAAUAAUGUCGAGGUGAAUUUUUUUGAGAAUAUGGAAAAUUGACGUGGGAACAAGGGAAUGUGCGCUCAGUGGCCAAAAACCUUCAUUUUGGCCUUUUUGCGAAAUUUUGAAGUUUUUGAAUAUCGAUUGGUUGAUCCUCACCAGGUCAAACACUGAAAAAAUGAAAAAAAAAGUCGAAAAAGUCAGAAAUUCAUCGAUAUUUCUUUACUUACUGAAAAUAAAAUUUUAGUGGCCACUUUAGGGUACUGACGAUUCAGUGGCCCCUAUAGUAGGCGAAUUAGUGGUCACUUAAGUGUCCGAAGUUUAUUGGCCUCUUUAGAAGUCUAAGUGGAACUAGAUCUCUGAAAAACUACUAUAGUGACCACUAAGACACAUUGUAGUGGCUUCUCUAGAGGUGGUUUCAGUGGCCACUUUAGUGCUCUCUUCUCUUCCUUUUUUUUUUCUUUUCUGAAAGAAAUGAACGUAAAUCAUGUUUCAGAUGCAUCAGGAGCCGCAACAAGAGCAAGCCCAACCACAACAAGAACAACAGCAGCCCCAAGUCGAAGCAGUUCAGCCGAAAUUUUACAUCUCGGCGCCGAUCCAGGGCUUCACUUCGGACGGCCACGGCGGCUGUCGUUACUUGUUUUUUUGA